CAAUGCCGAAUCGAAAUCAUUCAGAGCGAGUGUGGUCAGCGAUCUGCGUGCGACGUCGUGUCGACUUGGUUGGUGAGGUGUGAAAGAUGCAAAUGCACCUGUGAUAUUGUUUUGUUUUUGACUGAACGCGACCGACAUGUGUGGUGGUUGUCGUUUGUUUUGUGAUGCAAAAGCUGUCAGUGUUGUUUAUUAGUCCGUUCGUCGUACGUAAACAUUGACUUAAUUUAUUAAAAUGCCCACGACCGCCGACUGCGAUUACGAGUGCGUUUCGAAGGAAUGGUUGUUAGCCGAACUGAGGAAAGACCCCAAGAAUCUUGUGAUUCUCGAUUGUCGUAGUUCGAACGAGUACGGUGAAUCCCAUAUCAGGGAAGCCGUGAAUUUUUCGAUACCGUCGAUCAUGUUGAGGAGACUGGCAAUAGGCAAGAUAGACCUGGCGUCCACCAUAAAAUGUCGCGAAUUGAAGAACAGAAUAUGCAACACGUACAAACAGAACAUUUAUGUACUGUACAACGACGUGUUAGGGGUUCAACACCAACAGCACCCGAACGACUCGACUCUGAGCGUUUUGCUCCGGAGGCUAACACAAGAUGGUUGCCAUGUUGUUUGUCUGGAAGGUAAAGAUACGAAAGACGAAGGCGAAACAAACGAACGCGCUUUGUGUACGCACAACGAAGCGGAUAAUAGCAAUAACUGGAGAGUGAACGGGAUGAAGAUAUUCCUCAUAGAUUUUUUGUUAACAGGUUUAGAAGACGACAAGGAAUUCCCCGUCGAAAUUUUACCGUACUUGUUCUUGGGGAACGCGGCGAAUAGUGAAGACAGCCAGGCUCUCGCCAAACAUAGUAUACAGUACGUUUUAAAUGUGACGCCGGACCUGCCCAAUGUGUUCGAAGAUUUGGGGCACAUAAAGUACAUGCAGAUUCCAAUAACGGACCAUUGGUCCCAAAAUUUGGCUAGUCACUUUCCCAGGGCCAUAGAAUUUAUAGAUGAGGCGAGGUCUAGGAAGAAGGGUGUCCUCGUGCAUUGUUUGGCAGGAAUUUCGAGGAGCGUGACUAUAACGGUGGCGUAUCUCAUGUACAAGCUGUCCCUGAGCCUGGAAGAUGCCUUCAACAUGGUACGAGACAGGAAAGCGAAUAUAGCUCCCAAUUUCCAUUUCAUGGAGCAACUUUACAACUUCGAAAGACAAUUGAAGUUGGACGUGUCUUCCCAAAGUCCCAGCGAUCUCGCUUAUCAACUGCGACAGGAACAGAGGGACAGGGACGAGAAAAAAAUCGAUAAUCAGAACCCAUCCCGUGCUUGUCCCAAUUGCGACGGACUCGGGAACAACUGUAAGUGCAGGCAACAUACGGAAUUCUUGAGUCCUUUCGCUAAUAUAGGCGUCAGUCCAGAUUCCGGGAUCGAAUUCGAUCGAUGGGCUUCGAGUAGCACCCCAGUACCUACAUUACCUACACGUGAUUAUCAGGUGUUCGAAUAUUUUUCUUCGCAUACCUAAUGUUCGUAAUUAAAGAAAAGAGAGUGUCGUAGAAUCCAGAUACUCGAAUGUUUUUUCUUCUGUUCAACUGUUUUUCGUAACUGUUCUGCUUCCACUCACUGAAUAAUACCUACUGCUAUUAUUAAUUCUUUAUUUACACAAAACUUUUGCACAUUUACCUACAUAUAUAUGUAUAUGAUGUGAAAAUACGUUCGUUCGUGUUCGUUAAUUUUGCUAUUAACUAUUAAAUAAAUAAUUAUUGUUGUAUUUAGUACCUACCCACUGUUUUUAUAAAGACUUAUAGACUAUAGUUGAUAAUUUUUAAUUAAUUAAAAGUGUUUAUCUAUUAUAUAAACGAACGAUUACGUGUAAUAAGAAGUGCAUUUUUUUUUGUUAUAUUUAAUUAUUAGUUAUUAUAGAUAGUAUAGUCGAAACAAACAAAAAACAAAACACUUCCAACUCAUUUAAUUUAAUUGUGCCAGUAUUAUUUGUAUACAAAAUUACAAAAGAAGAAUAACGAGAAAAAAAGAAAUCCUUGGAAAUAUAAUUUCCUUUGUUUCGUUUUACUAUUGUCAGAGACGUGGUAACAAAAUGUACCUACAUUUCUCUAUUGGAAUUUGUGCCUUUAAAAUUGUUAUAUUCAAAAAAAAAAAAAGAGAAAGAAACUUACUAUGACCGAUUGACGAGUACGAUUAAAUAAAUUGUCUGUUAUCACGUAUCUAACGAAAGCGACGAAACACUUUUCUGAAUUGUAUCUUUAUAAAUAAUGUAAUAAUUAAUAAGAUUGCACAUUAAGCAUCUGAAAAACUACUAGUACCUCAUAAAAGAUUAUUAGAAUUAAGCUUAGCAAUUAUAUGAGCCAAAUGUAAGUGCUAUAACAUUGAAAGCAUAUAAAAGUUAAUCUUUUGUUAUAUCUCAUUUUUUUUUUCAUCGUUUGUUAUUUGUAGUCAGUACGACUGUGCCAUAUUUUUCUUUUUUUUUUGUACACUUUAAGGACUUGCCAUAGUAUUUUUUGCAUUUUUGUAAGUAUAUCACAUAUAUAUUCGUAACAAUAAUGUCUCCAGAUUAUAAUUGUUAUUAUCUAUUCGUGUUGAUAUUAAUAAUAAUAAUGAGGGAUCGCAAUUCAUUCGCACAUGUAAGGUCCGUACGUAGGUCGACGAUCAAAAUUCGUUGUUCGUAUUAAAAACAAACUUAAUUUUAUUUAUGGCCAAUGUCAGCUGGUAGUUAACCAGUCCAUUUGUCUGCAUUACCCCAAUUACAGGGUAAAAUUAAGGUGCAAUAUUUGAGAAAUGCAACAAAUUCGCGUCUUACGUACGCCGCUGAUAAUGACGUUGUCUGCGAACGAAAUGCGGUCUCUAAUAGUAUAAUAUUCCAUGUAUGUACAGUAGGGGCGAAUCGACCUUUUCCUUUCCCUUUUUUUUUUAGAGUAAAGUAUUGAAAUGCAUUUUAUUUUCGUAAAAAAUAAUAAAACCGAAAAAGUUUCGAUUCGAAUGAAAUUAUUUUUUAUGUAAUGUAGACAAAAAGAACCACCGUCUGAAAAGGCUUGCAAUUAUUAAUAGGUUUAAUAGGUUAAUUAGAUACUCACCGUUUGAGUUGCUUUAUGUAAUUUGAAUGUUUAUAUUGUUUGUUGUUUUCAAUGUUGCAAUUUCAAUUGAAAAGCCUCCGACUUUAUACCGUUGUUCAGAAGAUAGAAGAAAAAAGUAUUUAUUUUGCUGUGAAAAUAUAAAUAGAAAAGAGUUAGGGAUCGUUAGGGAAAUAGAUGUGUUAGACAAAUUGAAAUUAAUUAAUUAUACUGUUCGUUGGUGCCAGAUUUCCAG